CCCCACCUCAGGAGAAACAAAAGCUAAUCACAGAAGGAAGAGAGAGAGAGAGAGAGAGAGAGAGUACUGGUGAAGUCAAGAAGAGGGCUAGAGAGAGAGCAAGAGAUGGCAAGCGAGUUGGAAGGAGCGAAGCGAGGAGGGUUUUGGGGGCUUGCGGCAAGGAGGUGCGACUCGUGCAAGGGGUCGCCGGCGCUGCUGUUCUGCCGGGCGGACACGGCGUACCUUUGCGGCACGUGCGAUGCGCGCGUGCACGGGGCGAACAAGCUGGCGUCGCGGCACGAGCGGGUGUGGAUGUGUGGGGUCUGCGAGCAGGCGCCGGCCAGCGUCACGUGCAAGGCGGACGCCGCCGCACUCUGCGUCACCUGCGACGCCGACAUCCACUCCGCCAACCUCCUCGCCCGCCGCCACGAGCGCGUCCCCGUCGUCCCCUUCCUCGAACCCGCCGCCUCCGCCCUCGAGUCCGCUGGCGGCGGCGAGGGGUUCCUCUUCAAGGGCGUCGACGAGUGCGACGAGGAGGAGAACGAGGCGGAGGAAGCGGAGGCCGCGUCGUGGCUCCUACGAAGUCCUACUCCCCCGAACCCUAAUCCCAAAGGGGGGAUGCUGGAGGCGCCGGAGCUGAAAACGGCCGACUACUUCUUCUCAGAUGUGGAUCCGUACCUGGAUCUGGAAUACGGCUCCUCCAUGGACUCCCGAUUCCAGCAGACCGACAGCGUCGUCCCCGUUCAGGCCAAGGCCGUCGUAUGCCCGCCGCCUCCGCCCCUCCUCGCGCCGGACGGUGGCGUGGAUCUCGAUUUCACCCGAUCCAGGCCCUCCUACAGUUCCUACACCGCCCAUUCCCUGAGCCACAGCGUGUCCUCGUCGGAGGUGGGGGUGGUGCCGGAAGGUGUCUGCGGCGGCGGCGGCGGGGGCGCAAUGGCGGACGUGACUGACCCCUACGGUGGCGGGGGGAGGUCGGGGAAUCCGGCGGCGCAGCUGGACCGGGAGGCGCGGGUGAUGAGGUACCGAGAGAAGCGGAAGAACCGGCGGUUCGAGAAGACGAUCCGGUACGCGUCGCGGAAGGCCUACGCGGAGACGCGGCCAAGGAUCAAGGGGCGGUUCGCCAAGCGAACGGAGAUCGAGGCGGAGGUCGACCGUAUCUACUCCACCGCCGCCGAGGCGGCGCUCAUGGUGGAUAACGGUUACGGCGUCGUGCUGUCCUUCUGAUGGGGCCCUGUUGUGAGAUUUAUUGAUGUUUUUGGCUUUUAUGUACUCUUUCCCUUCUCCCUCCUGUCUCGCUCUUUGAUGUAUAUUAUUAUUGCGUUUUUAAUGGCCUUGUUUUUGAAUGGCGAGAAAAAAUAAGUGUUCUCGGUUUGGAA